AUGAAGGACGCGGUCUGCCUGUUCCUGUUAGUAUCUGCGACGGCGGUUGCGUCGUCUGCAGCUCUGGAAAUAUCUGUGCCGCCCAGCGUGACGGGGGAGGAGGGGCUCCCCCUCAACAUCCCCUGCAACUUCACCCCCCCUCCUCGGACGGACGGCCGACGCCUGGUCGGGACGUGGAGGAAAGAGGGGCUCAUCGUCGUGCACUUCUCCAUGAGCCAGAGCAUUCCCGGGGCGGGCUACGACGGGCGCCUGGGGCGCUGGAGGGAUUUCGCCUCCGGAGGGUGCUCGCUGGUGAUCAGAGCCGCGCGAACGGAGGACAGCGGGGAGUACACCAUCGCCGUGCAGGAGGACGGGCCAGAGCCUCGGCGGACGCGCACGGCAUCGGUGGCGGUCCGAGUGACCGCACGGCCCGGGCCAGUGAUCCCAGGAAGCAUCCAGCAUGCCUGGCAGAAGCCAAAGCUCUCCCUGACCCCAGAGAGCGUUUGGGAAGGCGAGGCUCUCACCCUGACCUGCGCUGUGGAGAGCCACCCCUGGGGGAAGCUUUCCCUGCACAAGCUCGGAGAGCCCCGCCCGCUGAAGGAAGGGUUCGCUGCCCAGCUCACGCUCACGCUCACCCUGCCCAAUGUCAGCAGAGAGGAUUCUGGGGAGUACAGCUGCGUGUUCCAGCAUGGCAAGAACACAGGCACAUCGACCAUUCAGGUUUCGGUCAUGCCGGUUGUGCUGUCUGCGGCUCUGGAAAUAUCUGUGCCGUCCGUCGUGACGGGGGAGGAGGGGCUCCCCCUCAACAUCCCCUGCAACUUCACCCCCCCUCCUCGGACAGACGGCCGACGCCUGGUCGGGACGUGGAGGAAAGAGGGGCUCAUCGUCGUGCACUUCUCCAUGGGCCAGAGCGUUCCCGCGGCGCGCUACGACGGGCGCCUGGGGCGCUGGAGGGAUUUCUCCUCGGGACAGUGCUCGCUGGUGAUCAGAGCCGCGCGAAUGGAGGACAGCGGGGAGUACACCAUCGCCGUGCAGGCCGCGCGGACGGAGGAAAGCGAGGAGUACACCGGUGCCGAGGACGGGCCAGAGCCUCGGCGGACGCGCACAGCAUCGGUGGCGGUCCGAGUGACCGCACGGCCCGGGCCAGUGAUCCCAGGAAGCAUCCAGCAUGCCUGGCAGAAGCCAAAGCUCUCCCUGACCCCAGAGAGCGUUUGGGAAGGCGAGGCUCUCACUCUGACCUGCGCUGUGGAGAGCCACCCCCGGGGGAAGCUUUCCCUGCACAAGCUCGGCGAGCCCCGCCCGCUGAAGGAAGGGCUCGCUGCCCAGCUCACGCUCACCCUGCCCAAUGUCAGCAGAGAGGAUUCUGGGGAGUACAGCUGCGUGUUCCAGCAUGGCAAGAACACAGGCACAUCGACCAUUCAGGUUUCGGUCAUGCCGGUUGUGCCGUCUGCGGCUCUGGAAAUAUCUGUGCCGUCCGUCGUGACGGGGGAGGAGGGGCUCCCCCUCAACAUCCCCUGCAACUACACCCACCCUCCUCGGACAGACGGCCGACGCCUGGUCGGGACGUGGAGGAAAGAGGGGCUCAUCGUCGUGCACUUCUCCAUGAGCCAGAGCGUUCCCGGGGCGGGCUACGACGGGCGCCUGGGGCGCUGGAGGGAUUUCGCCUCCGGAGGGUGCUCGCUGGUGAUCAGAGUCGCGCGAACGGAGGACAGCGGGGUGUACACCAUCGCCGUGCAGGAGGACGGGCCGGAGCCUCGGCGGACGCACACAGCAUCGGUGGCGGUCCGAGUGACCGCACGGCCCGGGCCAGUGAUCCCAGGAAGCAUCCAGCAUGCCUGGCAGAAGCCAAAGCUCUCCCUGACCCCAGAGAGCGUUCGGGAAGGCGAGGCUCUCACCCUGACCUGCGCUGUGGAGAGCCACGCCCGGGGGAAGCUUUCCCUGCACAAGCUCGGCGAGCCCCGCCCGCUGAAGGAAGGGUUCGCUGCCCAGCUCACGCUCACCCUGCCCAAUGUCAGCAGAGAGGAUUCUGGGGAGUACAGCUGCGUGUUCCAGCAUGGCAAGAACACAGGCACAUCGACCAUUCAGGUUUCGGUCAUACAAACGUUCAACAUACGCAACUUGGGGAUCAUCGUGGGAGUGUCCUUGAGCAUCGCCAUCAUCUUCCUCCUCUGUUGCAUCUACAUGGUACAUAAGAGGUUAAAAGGAAAGAAACAGAAACAAGAAAGAGAACUGAACGAUCCUUACACCACACUGGACCACAAAACAAUGUCCCCUGAUUAUGACAUCAUAAGGAGGACGACGGCAAACUCAUAAGAGUCUUGACCAGAGGCUGUAUGCCGCCCACACUAUCUUUGUGAUUUCUGCUUACUUUGUUUUAGGUUCUUUCGUGGCACAGUUUGAUUAUUUUGCGAAUAUUAAAGGGUGUCCCUAUUCCUUCCCUUUAAGCAAUGUUAGUUGUCACUUUAUCACUCAUUAUUAAGUUAUUUUCCAUUAUUUAUUACUUUGGUCAUCUGUCACUGUAACUGUACAGGUUUAUAAUGUUGUCUAUAAUAAAAGACUCAAAAAACAAGAAUAAACACUUUCUCAUAGUUGGGUCAUAAUUUCAUCAGAGCCUUCAAUUGAGUAGAAGAGUAGAAAACGUCAAAUUCAUUGAUAUUAUUAAUUUCUGCAUAUUUGUGUCCCGAACUUGAUCAUUGCAUUCUAUUUGCUUUCGUUUCAUACAUGUGGCAUUGUUUGCUUGCUUCUUGUGUUUUAUUUUAUCAUCCUGUUUUUCUCUCUGAAAAUCAGCACAAAUGAGUUCAAAUCGUUAGCCUGGCAGGACUGUAGCGGAGGCAGAGACCCUGGUGGUGUUCAGCCCCAUGCUCAAUGUAGCACUAGGUACUCUCCAGCCCUUACAGGACAGUGGUGAGUGCUAUAAUAUUCUUUGGUUGCUAGGGGUAAAUGGUGAGUAAGAGAUACUCUCUGGUUGCUAGGGGUAAAUGGUUGAUGCUAGGUUGCUGCUCGUUCAUUUAACACGCAGUCUCAUCUACAAAACAACCCCCCACUCUUCACAUAAUGGACAAUACUGUCUAUCUCGGCAUUCAUAAAAAUAUUCUUUCACCACUAAAAAAUCAUAUUCCGUCAUAGCA